AUGCCAGCGAUCUGGCGGCCGAACGUGAGUGGGCCGCUCCCGGAUGUGGACGUCGAGGUUGGGGUGGCGGAGGGCGCGUCGAGCAAGGGGACGAAGCGGAAGAGGGCCCCUCCCACGAAGGGGCCAUGCGAGCACGGGGUGAAGCCCCGGUGGAAGUGCAAGGUGUGCAGCGCUUGUCCCCACGGGAAGCGGCGCACUCAGUGCAAGGAGUGCGGUGGGUCUGGAAUCUGCGAGCACGGUCGUGAGCGGCCUAAGUGCAAGGAGUGUGGUGGGGGCUCAAUCUGCGAGCACGCUCGUGAGCGCUCUAAGUGCAAGGAGUGCGGUGGAGCAUCAAUCUGCGAGCACGGCCGUUUACGCUAUCGGUGCAAGGAGUGCGGUGGGUCUCAAAUCUGCGAGCACGGUCGUAGGCGCUCUCAGUGCAAGGAAUGCGGUGGGUCUCAAAUCUGCGAGCACGGUCGUGAGCGCUCUAAGUGCAAGGACUGCGGUGGUGCAUCAAUCUGCGAGCACGGUCGUCAGCGCUCUACGUGCAAGGAGUGCGGUGGGGGCUCAAUCUGCGAGCACGGUCGUUACCGCUAUCGGUGCAAGGAGUGUCGCGCCGCGAAUUAAUGA